AUGAAGUUCACAUCAAUCUUAGUUUCUGCAAUCACCGUUAUCGGAUUAGCUCAAGCUGCAAAUGAAUCUAAUAGUUCGUCAAGUUCCAGUAAUGCUGCUAUAGGUGGUGUUAGUAAAGCUGCUAGUGCAGGUUUACUUGGUGCUGCUGUAGCUGGUGUUGCCGCUUUCCUAUUAUGA